UCCAAACUUGCAUUCAAAGAGUUAUACAGCACAGCUUGAUUACAAGUCUCUUUUCUCAUUCCAAUCUAAAAAGCUUUUCCUUGGAAAUAAUGAUGAACACUAAGAAGCUCAUGAAGAUGGCCAAGAAAUGGCAACAAAGAGCAGCCUUAAGCAGGAAAAGAAUCUCAUUUCAGAGAUCAUUUUCUACUGCCAGCAGCUCAACAACCGCUGCUGAGAAGGGCUGUUUUGUGGUUUACACAUCCGAUAAAAUCCGCUUUUCGUUUCCAAUAAGUUACCUGAGCAACUCUGUUUUCCAAGAGCUCUUGAAGAUAUCUGAAGAAGAAUUUGGCCUCUCCACCGGUGGACCAAUCACCUUGCCAUUCGAUUCGGUUUUCUUGGAAUAUCUCAUUAAAUUGAUACAACGACGAAUAGAUGGAGACACAGAAAAGGCUCUGUUAAUGUCAAUCUCUAGUGCAAGAUGUUCUUUACAACAACAAGAACAGAGUAGUCAACAUUUGCUUGUACUUUAAAGAAUUAGAGUGUAUCAAUUUCUGUGUUUGUAAAGACUCUACUGUAUUAGAUUAGACAGAUUAAUACAGAAAUACAAACUAU